UCCUGAACCGACAAUGAAAUCAGCUUAUUUGAUUUCCAAGUCUCAAGUGAACAGAAUCCAGUUAUAUAUUUUCCAUAGAUUUUUUUAGUUUUAUUCCUAAAGAAAAAUGGUCUCCUUUGGCAGUGUGGCAAAACUUUUGAGUAGCUUCGAGUGCUGUGCAAGCUCGUGGGUCAAAGCCGUAAAUCCGGGAUGGUACGAGGCUCGUGAGAUUCCAAAGACCAUCCUGAUCCAGAAAGUGCGACAGGUGCCAGAGAACACCAGGGUAAUUCGUCAGCGACCCCAAACAGCAAAGCCGCCUAAAAAGGCCCCCCAUCAGAGGCGCCAACUACAUCUCUAAGCGCCAAGGAGAUAGGGACAUAGUGACUCAUUGAUUUAAAUGUUUUAAUCGAAUGCUGAUGGUAUAGAGUUGUCUCGCAGCCGUCAUCGAUUUCAGCAUUUUGCCUGCUGUGGCGUCACGGCCACACUGAGUCGGUGCCGAGUUUUUGCUUCGCGAGCAGGUGGUGUUGUCCAAUCAGAAUCGCCGUCGACGGCACGAUUAACAUAAGAAAGA